GACCACAACGAGAACACGCUGUCGCAUUUAAAACAGUUGGACAAACGGAGUGUUCAAUCAUCGUAACAAUUAACUAUUUUCUUUUUAAACAAUAUUUUACCCCACAAGUUAUUUAAACACAUGAGUGAUUUAUUACUUGUUUGUUUAAGAUGCUAAACAUAAUAAAAUGAUCAAUUUGGACACUACAGUAAAUGAAUUUGAAAUAUAGUAUCGUAUUUUCCCAUUUUGUUCCGGACCAAAACACAACAGAAAGGAAACGGGCUGCUGCUGUGUUAACUCGUUAGCACGUUCAAAAUGAUGCCAUUAGCUCUCAGUAAAACAUUUGGGCAAAAGCCAGUCAAAUUUCAACUUGAAGAAGAUGGAGAUUUUUACAUGGUUGGCUCUGAGGUUGGAAACUAUCUGCGUAUGUUUAGAGGCUCUUUAUAUAAGAGAUAUCCGUCUUUGUGGAGGAGACUUGCCUCAGUUGAGGAGAGGAAAAAGAUAGUAGCAUCUUCACAUGCCACCAGCGUAACUCUCCUGAAAGCAUCAGAGUGUGAAGAGAUCUUUGAAGGAAAUGAUGAGAAGUAUAAAGCUGUGUCUAUCAGCACUGAGCCCCCAGCUUAUCUCAGGGAACAAAAGGCAAAGCGUAGCAGCCAAUGGGUGCCUACAUUACCCAACAGCUCACACCACCUUGAUGCCGUGCCUUGCUCCACCACAAUUAACCGCAACAGAAUUGGUAAAGACAAGAAAAGGACUUUCCCUUUGUGCUUUGAUGACCAUGACCCAGCAGUCAUUCAUGAGAAUGCAGCUCAAACUGAGAUGCUGGUUCCCAUUCGUCUGGACAUGGAGAUCGACGGUCAGAAACUGAGAGAUACCUUUACAUGGAAUAUGAAUGAAAAACUUAUGACACCAGAGAUGUUUGCAGAGAUCUUAUGUGAUGAUCUUGAUCUAAAUCCAUUGGCAUUUGUUCCUGCCAUUGCAUCAGCCAUUCGUCAGCAGAUAGAGUCUUAUCCUACUGACAGUAUACUAGAAGAACAGGCAGACCAGAGAGUCAUCAUAAAGCUGAACAUUCACGUAGGAAACAUCUCUUUGGUGGACCAGUUUGAGUGGGACAUGUCUGAAAAGGAGAAUUCUCCUGAGUCUUUUGCUUUAAAGCUCUGUUCAGAACUUGGACUUGGUGGUGAGUUUGUAACCACUAUUGCAUACAGCAUCCGUGGUCAGCUCAGUUGGCACCAGAGGACCUAUGCCUUCAGUGAAAAUCCACUUCCCACAGUGGAAAUUGCUAUUCGCAAUACAGGGGAUGCAGACCAGUGGUGUCCUCUGCUGGAAACACUUACGGAUGCAGAAAUGGAAAAGAAAAUCCGAGACCAAGACCGCAAUACAAGACGGAUGAGGCGAUUGGCCAACACCGCUCCUUCGUGGUAGAUGGUGUAUUGAAGUUUACCUGGAGCCUGCUGUUAUUAUACCACUAUAUGUCCAUAGUGUUGGUGAAGCACAGUCAGUUAACUUGAACCUGUUUUCGGACACUAACACCACUUGCUUCAUCCUUCAUAGAAAUCACAUUCAUUCUCAUGACGCAGAUUCCAACCAGAGCAUGCUGAUCCUCUUGUCCAGAUACUUCAGUUUAAUGUAAAACAUAUAAUCUUGUAUUUACUGAGAAUGUAUGUUUUGUAAAAUAACACAAGUAGGAACAACAAGGUAACAUGUAGUGAAUUGUUUUCUACUUUGUUCCAGACAUUUAAAUGCAGUGUUUGAACUUUUUGUAAAUGGCUGAAGGCAAAACUAGUGCAAACAGAUAAUUGAGGUGAAAUUUUUCUGUAAAUUUGUUUUGUGUGUAAUGUUUUAAUUUCCAGUACCCUGGCAAAUGAACAAAGAUUAAAUCUAGAUAAUAGAAAAUUACUUAAAAUAAAGUAGUUUAUUAAAUCAUUUACCAAUGGACAACUACAUAAUCCACCUCAUCCAGUUUGUUUGGUGGGCUUGUACUUUGUUCAAGAGGGGCUCAAGAGUAUUCAUUUGAAUCUGACUCAUUAAGGCUCCUAAAAUAUUUGAGGUAAAUAGUCAGAUAUUUCAGUUUGAAUUGUGCCUCAUAUUACAUUGUUGUUUAAUAAUCAUUAGUAGAUUUCACUUUACUGCUGAACUGUAGCGGGCUGUACAAUACCAAAAGAUUCCUCUGUUUUACCAUGUAAGCCAGUAAAACAAGCAAUGAAGUAAACAAUGGAUCAAUGUGUGUUAUCAAGUUCUCUUUGUAUGCUUGUGGGAGUUUUUUAUACAUAAAAUAAAAAUACAAGCAAGGUCAUAUCAUUUGAAGGCUUAUCUAUUUUUGGACAAAGCAAGAUGUUUUUUUAUGCUGUUUUGGAUGUUUGGAUGGAUGAACACGAGCAGAUAUGGUUAUUACAAUUGAAGUCUGAAUAAAUAAGUAAAGUUAC